AUGCAUUUUUUCUCUCAAGCAGGAGAUGAGCAGGAAAACGAGCCCAAUGUGGGAAAAGAGAAAUUUGGAAGCCGUUGGGGAUCAGAAACACCCAAGGAAGCCCACUCCAGAUGUCAGAGGGAGAAAUUGUCCACUUCUCACCCUGCAGAGCUCCACGAAUUCCAGACGGAACCAGAUCACGUAGGAAACACAGAGGGGAACGGCCUUCCACAUGGGACUACGCUCAGAUAUAAAUCUGACUUAAAUGUUGACUGUGGAAUUGAGAGCAAAGACAGCCAAGAUGAACUGAGAAAGCACAGAACAUUUUUCAGCCAAAGUGUUCCCGAUCCUUUACGUCAACAAAUCCACACGGGGGAGAAACCGUGUAAAUGCAUGCAGUGUGGAAAGGACUUCAAACGUCGCAGUUCCCUUAGUUUGCAUAAAAGGACCCACAUGGGGGAGAAACCAUACAAAUGUAUGGAGUGCGGGAAGAGUUUCAGUCAGAGCAGCUCCCUAGCUGUGCAUAAAAAGAUCCACAUCGCAGAGAAAUUAUAUAAAUGCUCGGAGUGUGGAAAGAGCUGCAGUUCAAGCAGCUCCCUGACCUUCCAUAAAAGGAUCCAUGCCGGAGAGAAACCCUAUCAAUGCGUGGAGUGUGGGAAGAGCUUCAGCCACUGCAGUAGCCUUACCUUCCAUAAGCGGACCCACAAAGGGGAGAAACCCUAUCAAUGCGUGGAGUGUGGGAAGAGCUUCAGCAAAAGCAGCAGUGUUACUUCCCAUAAAAGGAUCCAUACAGGGGAGAAACCAUAUGAAUGCAUAGAAUGUGGAAAGAGCUUCAGGAUGAGCAGUCACCUGACUUCCCAUAAAAGGAUUCACACUGGGGAAAAACCAUAUAAAUGUUUCGAGUGUGGAAAGAGCUAUAGCCAGAGCAGUUCCCUAACUUUGCAUAAAAGGAUCCACACUGGAGAAAAACCCUAUAAAUGCUCCGAGUGUGGAAAGAACUUCCGUGAAAACAUGUCCCUUACCAGACAUAAAAGGAUUCAUACAGGGGAGAAACCAUAUAUAUGUUUGGAGUGUGGAAAGAAAUUCAGCCAAAGCAGUUCCCUUACUUUCCAUAAAAGGGUUCACACAGGGGAGAAACCAUAUAAAUGCAUGGAGUGCGGGAAGACUUUCAGUCAGAGCAGUUCCCUAGCUGUGCAUAAAAAGAUCCAUACAAGGGAGGAACCCUAUAAAUGCCUGGAGCGUGGCAAGAGCUUCAGCGAUAGGAAUUCCAUUAUAUCCCAUAAAAUGCUCCACCUGGAGAACCUGUAUAAGUGCAGGGGGUGUGGAAAGAGCUUCCCUGACAGCAAUUCUCUUGUCUCCCAUAAAAGGAUCCACAUCACAGAGAAAUUACACAGUUCUGGGCUUUGGAGAAGGAGGGAGAAAGCCUCACAAAUGGCCAGCAGCUUCCAGCGUGAGCUGCUGAACAUGCGCCGGAAGCACCUGCAGACUCUCCAGGGGCGCUUCCAGCACGUGCUCGGCAGGCACGUUGGAAGCUGCUGGCCGUUCAUGAGGCUUUCUCCCUCCUCCUGCAAAGCCUUUGUCCUGAAAAGCCCCAGAGCCGCAGUGCAGCGCGAAGGGGUGUGUGUGCAAGCGGAGGAGGAAGGAGGGUGCUGGUGGGUGCAAGAACUGAUGCUGUACUUUGGGGAAGACUCCAAGGGAGUUGGUUUCUCUGCAGAGGGGGCGGCAGAGCAGGCCUUUUCUCCCUUUGCCCCAGCCCCAGGAGCACAUGGGAUCAAGAUGGCAGAGAUGAGACAUGCCAGAGGCUGGUGCCACUAUCCUUUUAAGGGCGUCACAAAGAGGGUCUGGGGGCUGGAGGCAGCCAACAGGAAAUUACUCACUGUGCAGUAA